AGUUGGCUAGUUUGUUAGCAAGAUAAAAUUGACACAUACUAAACGUAAAUCUCAGGUAGUUUUGUUAAUUUCCCCCAGAAGCCGCCGAUUAUUUGUAUACGGAUCACAAGAAAAAUCAAAAGGAAAAAUAUGGCCCCAAGAAAAAAAGGCGAGAAGAAAAGGAAUACAGAGGAGGUUACUGAAACAAAGGAGCCACAACAUUCUGGUGCAGAACCAUCAGAUGGCAGCAGCAGAGAAGAAAAAAUGGCACGGAAAAGGAAGAUGAAGCCAAAGAAAAAAUACAUAGGUGCUCACGUCUCAAUAUCAGGAGGAAUAUGGAAAGCAGUCGAAUCAAGUGUGGCCAUAGGAGGUCAUGCUUUUGCACUUUUCUUGGGCUCCCAGCGCUCCUGGACGAGACCAGCCCUUGAUACAGCAGCUGCAGUUCAAUUUCAAGAAGCCUGUGCUCAACAUGGCUUUGAUCCGAUACACAUCCUGCCACAUGGAUCUUAUUUGAUGAACUGCGGUUCCCCCAAAGAAGACGUGUUCAGUAAGAGCCAGACCAUGCUUGUGGAUGAACUGAGUCGCUGCAGUGCACUGGGCCUCAGCCAGUUUAACUUUCACCCUGGAGCUUCUAUAGACUCCACCCCUGAGAAAUGCAUGGAGAAAAUUGCCCAAGCUAUUAACCACGCACACCAGCAAACCCCUGCUGUCAUUACAGUACUUGAAAACAUGAGUGGUCAGGGCAGCACUAUAGGUGGGCAGUUCAGUGAACUGAGAAGUAUAAUAGACCGGGUACGUGACAAGACACGUGUUGGGGUGUGUCUGGACACUUGCCAUGCUUUUGCAGCAGGCUAUGACAUUUCACCACCUGGAGGAGUGAAGAAUAUACUUGAUUAAUUUGAUCGUGUGGUCGGGUUGCAUUAUUUGAGAGCCAUUCACUUAAAUGACUCCAAAGGAAAAUUAGGCUGCCAUCUGGACCGCCAUGAAGACAUUGGAUGUGGCCAAAUAGGCAUUACUGCUUUCCGAGAAAUUGUUAAUGAGCCUCGACUGGAUAAUAUCCCUCUGAUUCUAGAAACACCUGGUCGACCAGGUUUUGAGUAUGCUGAACAGAUAGAGCUCCUAUACUCCCUUUGUGAAAAAAAGAAGAAGAAUUAAACAUCUGCUUGGU